CCAAUCAGAAGCGGCGCUGCGAACGCUUUCACGCUAAGCCCCGCCUCCUCCCACCGUACUGAAUGACUGACAGCGUCACAAGCCACUGAGAGAGGCUCGCUGAAGCAAACUGUCCAAUCAGAACGUACGACAGGUCCAAAACAGGAACACAACAGCUCCAUAAGUGGCCGCAGUAGUUUCAUAAACAGUGGGAGCAUCGCAGACGAUCAGCAAACAGCGGGCAUCGUAAAGAGAGGUUAUUCAUCUGUUAAUGUCUAAGAGUCUGUGUGAGCCGGAAUGAAGAGGUUCUAUUUUGUGGAGCCGGUGGUCGCCGUGUACGCCUUCGCCAGUUUCUUGGGGUAUCCUCUGAUACAGCAGUAUGUGUACCGCCGACUGUGGAAGGAGAUUACCAACACCUCUUACCCAGCAAUGGACACUUCUUCCAGAUGUAGCACGAACAGCAGUAAUCAUUCAAGCCUCCAAGACGAGGUGCAGAAAGCCACUUCACAGUUCUCCAUGUACUCGGAGCUCUUCUCUUUGAUCCCGAGUCUCCUAGUGACCCUCAUCCUCGUGGCCUACAGCGACCAGCGGGGCCGCAAGAUCACCAUCAUCCUCCCCCUCAUUGGCUCUCUGGUCUACAGCCUGUCCUUCCUUGCCAUAUCCAUCUUCGAGCUCAACCUCUACCUGCUCAUCGCAGCCUACUUUGUCAGCGCCCUGUUUGGGGGCAUAGGCACCAUGCUGGGUGGCUGCUUCUCCUAUGUGGUCGACCUGUGCGAGGACGGCAAGCAGAAGACCCUGCGCAUGGCUGGUCUGGACAUGGUAAUUGGGCUGUUGUCCGGAGUGGCUUUGAUCUCCACUGGCUACUUCUUGAGGGUGGCUGGGUUUAACUGGCCCUUUUUCACCGCUGCUGUGUGCCAUUUGGUCAACCUGCUGUAUGCAAUCUUCCUUCUGGAGGAAAGCAGGGUGGUCGAAAGCACAGUGGACAGCAAUACGUGUGGUGGAGAGGUGAAGAAGCUUACGUUUGGGAUCUAUAACCUCUUUGCCCAGGGCAGCAGGAGAAGGAACGGUCUGUUGGUGCUUCUCAUAGUCAUCUUCUGCUCCUUCAGCUUCGCCAACUUCGGCGGCCUAACUGUGGUCACGCUUUAUGAGCUUAACGAGCCGCUUUGUUGGAGCGAGAUCCUCAUCGGCUAUGGCUCAGCUCUCUCCACAGUCGUGUUCAUCACCAGCUUCGUUGGCGUGUACGUACUGUCGCGCUGCCUGCCUGACUUGGCCAUCGUCUUCAUCGGGAUGCUGUCCGUCUUCACAGGCAUGACGUUGAUGGCCUUCGCCAGAACCACACUGAUGAUGUUUCUUGUGAGGAUUCCUAUGCUCCUGGCCAUCAUGCCUUUCCCGGUCCUGCGCUCCAUGUUGUCAAAGGUGGUCUCAAAGUCUGAGCAGGGUGCCCUCUUCGCCUGUUUGGCCUUCACUGAUAACCUAACCACUAAUUUAGGGAGUGCAGCGUUCAACAAUGUCUACAGCACCACGGUGACCUGGUGGCCCGGCUUUGUCUUCCUCCUCGCUGCUGUACUCUGCCUCAUUCCAAUGAGUCUGCUAUGCACUCUUCGAUUUGUCCAGUUAGAAGAUGGCGGUGAAACAGAGGGACUCUUAGCAGGAGAGGACACUCAAGUAACAGACAACACUCCUGUGGCCUAACGAGCAAAGGGAAGAUGCAAAUCUCUGCCUUUGUCUGCACCCGUUAGAGGCCUCCAUGUGUGCCUGGGGACCAUCGCUGCAUUACACACAUUAUCUUGAGUGGUAUAUGUCCAAUUACUUCUGGUCUAAGCAGCCCUUUGCACUUUCAGGUAUUUUAUAAAAGCCAAAACUGCAAGAGUGCAGUGAGAAAAUGAAAAUGCUGAGUGAACGUAAAAAUAAAUAUGCUUAGUAAGAUUAUAAAUCGAGUUGCUUAGGAAGGGCAUUCAAAGGGAGGUUACACUUUACGUCUGAGGAAAUGUAUCCGCAGUUCUUUGCAAGCUAUGUUUGCAGAAGGAUUAUGUCAGUGAAAUAUGUUUGAAGCUGUGUGCCGUCAAAACAUUUUUUUGAGUAUACAGUAAGUUUGCAGUUCUUAAAAAAAAUACAAAAAAAUAAGACCUUCACCUCACAAAGGUGGUCUGCCUAAAAUAGACUGAUUAUAAAUUACAGUAAAGGAAUACUGCAGAGUUUUUCAACCUGUUCUCACAUCUGUAGCAUGAAAAAUGCUGGAGUAUCCUUUUAAGUGUAGGUCAGUGGAGCUGUUGAGCAUCAUUGUGGUUCCGCCUUUUUCUUUGUAUUUAAACGGGAGAAAAAAACUCCCUCAAAAUUGCACUAAUUUGUUGCAGAUUUUUACAUGGGAAAAGUGAAAUAUGUGGGAUUGUGCGAAAGACAGAAACCAUCCUUCAUCCUUCAGAAACCAUCCCUCAAUUUCUAGUUAUGCAUUUUUCAGAUAUUUUCAGUUAUUUAUUAAUAGAGCUUAUUUUAUACAUCGCUGUUGUUGGGGAAAAAACUUCGUAUCUCCAAAAUGAUAACUUUACAGGAGAAGGAAAAAACCCACCUUACUUUUAAUGUAAGUGAAUGGGACCAGACAUUUUUCCCCAAGUCAUUUUGUGCCGUUUUCUUUUAGUCAAUUCAUCGUUAAAUUUAUACACGAUGUAAAGGACAACAGUCAUUUUUAAAUUAUGUCAAAAACUGAAAAACGUCAAAAAUAGAGAUACGAGGUUUUCUUCUGACAGCAGCGAUAUAUUUAUAU